AUGGAUAGCCGACAAGACGGCACCGCGAGCGCCAGCUCAUGGCUGCCAAACUUCCUUCGCAAGUCAACUGAAUCGAAAGACCAAGGACCGGAUGAGAACACUUCUCUUCUUCCCAAACCUGACGAUGAGCCGACAAUCGGAUCAGUCGAUGACUUCGAGUUCGAGGGAAAGAGCAGUACCCAGCUUAUAAUCCACGAGUUUUGGGUACUGCUCAAUGGAUCAAUUCCAGUCUUCCUCGCAUACAUGCUGCAGAACUCGCUACAGACUGUCUCUGUCCUCGUCGUUGGGCGACUGAGCCCUGAAGCACUAGCAGCAGCAGCUUUCUCCUAUAUGUUCGCCAUGGCCUCUGGUUGGCUCAUCGCAUUGGGUGGCACUACCGCCAUCGACACGCUUGCCUCUGCAAGUUUUACCGGAAGCAAGGACAAGCACGAUCUGGGCAUCAUUCUCCAGAGAGCUUUGUUUGUCCUUGGUCUGCUGUACAUUCCAGUUGCCAUUCUCUGGUUGUGCUCGAAACCUGUCUUUAUGGCUCUCGGCCAGGAUGAGCGCCUAUCCGAAGAUAGCAGCAAAUUCCUCAGCGUGCUGGCGCUCGGUGGACUCGGGUACAUCUACUUCGAAUGCCUGAAANAAUACCUGCAAGCUCAAGGCAAGACAACUUUGCAUCUUCAUAUUUCCAAUCUAGCACUAACAAUGCAAUCUCAGNGGAUCAUGAGACCAGGCACAUAUGUGCUUCUUAUCACCUCGCCGGUAAACGCAGGCCUGAACUAUCUUUUCGUGUAUACUUGCAAGAUGGGUCUCCUCGGAGCCCCUCUGGCCACAAGCGUAUCGUAUUGGUUGUCGUUCUUGCUUCUUCUAGCCUAUGCACGCUUCGUCUCGGGCUGGGACUGCUGGGGAGGAUGGUCGAAGAAGGCAUUCCAAAACAUCGGCACAUUCACAAGACUUGCUCUUCUCGGUGUUGUUCACGUAGGCACCGAGUGGUGGGCUNUUGAGAUCGUGGCUCUCGCUGCAGGUAAGCUCGGAACGAUCCCUUUGGCUGCACAGUCAGUCAUCAUGACGACCGAUCAAGUCCUGAACACCAUUCCGUUCGGCGUCGGAGUCGCAACAUCAGCACGAGUAGGCAACCUGCUGGGAGGCAGAAAUGCCAAGGGUGCGGCACGCUCUGCCAAUGUUGCUGCUUGGCUGUCAAUGAUCCUUGGAGCCCUUGUCCUUGCCCUCCUGAUGUCGGUCAAGAAUUUCUACGCUAGAAUCUUCAACGACGACCAGGAUGUCAUCAAGCUGACUGCAGAGGUCAUGCCUUGGGUAGCCUUGUUUCAGAUUGCUGACGGGCUAAAUGGCUCUUGUGGUGGCUCUCUUCGUGGAAUGGGACGACAGCAUGUUGGUGCACUCGUGAACAUAAUCAGCUACUACGCCGGCGCCCUGCCGCUUGGAAUCUGGCUUGCUUUCCACGGCUGGGGCUUAGCUGGCUUGUGGAUCGGACAGUGCAUUGCACUGUAUCUAGUUGGUUUCGGCGAGUGGGCAAUUGUUGCAUGGAGUGAUUGGAAUCAUCAAGUCCGCAAAGCGUUCGAGAGAAUGGAGCAUGAGGAGCAAGUAGAGUCUGGUUUGGCCAACAGCGUUUAUGGCUAUCAAGCAGAGGAAAGCCGUUAG